AAGAGGAACGAAUGUUUGAGGGCGAGCGAACAGUCGGAAUGAUAUUUGUCAAACACAGGAAGUGUAGUAGAGGUCGCUGCCACACACGUCAACACAUCCAUACAUUGCACGCAUUAGUAUUUUAGUUGGUUGAACAGUGCUGUUUAGAAAGCAACGGUGUACACUGGAACAGAUAGCCUCCAAGACAGCGGCAUGAGAUGGAGACAUUGAAGACAAGUCAGGUCUUUGCUCCUACAAAGUGUUCCAACUAUAUAGUCUGAUUCCACUGGUGAGUGUGCAGAUAGCAGCAACAUGCCCCUGUCAGACUUUCUGGAUGGCCUGAAGGACAACCCAUACUUUGGGGCUGGCUUUGGACUGGUUGGGGUUGGGACGGCGUUGGCCGUGGCCAGGAAAGGUGCCCAGGUGGGAAUGAUCUUCUUCCGCAGGAACUACAUGAUCACUCUGGAAGUCCCCAGCAGGGAUAAGAGCUACCACUGGCUGCUGAGCUGGAUCACCAAACACGCCAAGCACACUCAGCACCUGAGCGUGGAGACCUCCUACCUGGCACAUGAGAGUGGACGGGUUCAGACACAGUUUGAUUUCCACCCAAGCCCUGGGAACCACAUCAUCUGGUACGGGAGGCGUUGGAUCAGGGUGGAGAGGACCAGAGAGAAGCAGAUGGUGGAUCUGCACACUGGAACCCCAUGGGAGUCUGUCACCUUCACUGCUUUAGGCAGAGACAGACAGAUUUUCUUUAAUAUCUUACAAGAAGCCAGAGAAUUGGCCCUAAAGCAGGAAGAGGGACGGACAGUGAUGUACACAGCCAUGGGUGCCGAGUGGAGACCCUUUGGGUUUCCACGGCGACGCAGACCUCUCAGCUCUGUGGUCCUGGAGGGGGGCGUGGCCGAAAGGAUCGUAGAUGAUGUGAAGGAGUUCAUCGGAAACCCCAAGUGGUACACAGACAGAGGCAUCCCCUACAGAAGAGGAUACCUGCUGUACGGCCCCCCAGGGUGUGGAAAAAGCAGCUUUAUCACGGCACUGGCAGGCGAGCUGGGCUACAGCAUCUGUCUGAUGAGUCUGAGUGACCGCAGCCUUUCAGAUGACCGUCUGAACCACCUCCUGAGCGUGGCACCGCAGCAAAGCAUCAUACUGCUGGAGGACGUAGACGCAGCCUUUGUCAGCCGAGACCUGAUUCCCACAGAGAACCCUCUGGCCUACCAGGGAAUGGGAAGACUGACCUUCAGCGGCCUGCUUAAUUCUCUGGAUGGAGUGGCUUCAUCAGAGGCCAGAAUAGUUUUUAUGACCACCAACUUCAUUGACAGGUUGGACGCAGCGCUGAUCCGACCCGGCCGUGUGGAUCUGAAGCAGUACAUUGGGAAUUGCACGCACUGGCAGCUUACACAGAUGUUCAGGCGGUUCUACCCAGACGAGCCUGCCUCUGAGGGAGAGCGGUUCGCAGAGCGUGCAUUGGCUGUCCACUCUGAGAUCAGUGCUGCCCAGGUGCAAGGACACUUUCUGCUGCACAAAAUGGACCCUGCAGGAUCUAUAGACAAUGUUGCCCAAUUAAUAUAA